AUGUCAGCAGCCAGUGAGAACCGGACGGCGGUGAAAGAAUUUGUCCUGCUAGGCUUCGCCAGUAUCCCCAAUAGCCAGGGGCUGCUCUUUGCCUUGUUCCUGGCCAUCUACGUGGUCACCCUGGCCGGCAACGGGAUCAUCAUCACGCUCACCAGCACCGACCCCAACCUGGACACGCCCAUGUACUACUUCCUGCGCAAUCUCUCGGUCAUCGACAUCUGCUACAUCUCCAGCACGGUGCCGCAGCUCCUGGUGCACUUCCUGAGUCGCUCCCACACCAUCUCCAUGCUGGCGUGCGCCACCCAAAACUACGCCUUCUUUGCCUUCGGGGUGACCGAGUGCUUCCUGCUGGCCGUCAUGUCCUACGACCGCUACGUCGCCAUCUGCAACCCUUUGCACUACACCCUAGUGAUGAGGCGCCAGGUCUGCGCCAAGUUGGCGGCAGGGUCGUGGGUCAGCGGCUUCCUCCACUCGGUGGUGCUGACGGUCUACACUUUCCACGUGCCUUUCUGCGGGCCCAACUGCAUUGACCACUUCUUCUGCGAGGCGCCCCAGGUGCUGAAGCUGGCCUGCGCCGACACCUAUGUCAACGAGCUGGUCAUCUUCGCCGUGGCCGUGCUGGUCCUCAUCAUUCCCCUCUCGCUGGUCUUCAUCUCCUACUCCCGUAUCCUGGCCACCAUCCUGCAGAUAAGCACGGCCGCCGGGCGCCGCAAGACAUUCUCCACCUGUGCCUCCCACCUGAUAGUGGUCUCGCUCUUCUACGGGGCGGCCAUAUUUAUGUACAUGAGGCCCCGGUCCACCCACUCACCCCAGCAGGACAAGAUGAUCUCCCUGUUCUAUGCCGUCAUCACGCCCAUGGUCAACCCCAUGAUAUACAGCCUCAGGAACAAGGAGGUGAAAGGUGCCGUGAUAAGAGCCUGGGGCAUGAAAGUAUCAUCCUAG